AUGGCUUCUGUUCCAGCCUUGAAGCGCGCUGAUUCAAUUGCAGAAACUAUGCCCGAUGCUCUGAGACAGAGCCGCUACUACAUGAAGAAAGUUUUUGCCAGGUUCGUUGGGGAUGGGAAGAGGCUACUGAAGCCCCAGCAUAUAAUGGAGGAAGUUGAAAAUUCAAUAGAGGAUGGGAAUGAAAAAAGCAAGGUGUUACGGGGAUUACUUGGUUACAUUCUCAAUUCUACUCAGGAAGCAGCUGUUGUUCCGCCGUACGUUGCAUUUUCUGUAAGACCAAAUCCUGGUUUCUCAGAAUUUGUUAAGGUGAAUGCUGAUGAUCUAGCAGUGGAUGGAAUUUCCGUUACUGAAUACUUGAAAUUCAAGGAAAUGAUCUACGACGAGAACUGGGCAAAUGAUGAAAAUGCUUUAGAAGUUGAUUUUGGAUCCAUUGACUUCUCUCGUCCUCGCAUGACUCUUCCUUCUUCCAUUGGGAAUGGACUUAACUUCAUCCUCAAGUUAAUCUCCUCAAGGCUGAAUGCCACCUCAUCCGAUUAUGCCAAACCCUUGCUUGGCUACUUGUUAGAACUCAAUCACCACGGACAGAAUCUUAUGAUCAACGAAACUAUGGAUUCGGUUGAGAAGCUUGAAACGUCAUUGAUUCGAGCACAAUCGUUUGUCUCGGCACUCCCAAAAGAGACACCAUUUCUUAAUUUCGAGCAAAGGUUAAAGGAUAUGGGAUUUGAGAAAGGAUGGGGGGAUACAGCAGAAAGAGUUAAUGAGAGGAUGUGGACACUGUCAGAAGUACUCCAAGCACCAGAUUCUGUGAAGUUGGAGUCAUUCUUUAGCAGCCUUCCUAAUACAUUCAACAUUGUCAUCUUCUCCCCUCACGGCUACUUUGGCCAGUCAGAUGUCCUCGGAUUGCCCGAUACUGGUGGCCAGGUGGUUUAUAUACUUGAUCAAGUUAGAGCCUUAGAGGAAGAGAUGCUAUUGAGAAUAAAGCAGCAAGGGCUUGCUGUAAAGCCUCAGAUUCUUGUGGUGACGCGACUCAUACCAGACUCUCGAGGGACGAAGUGCAAUGUGGAGUUGGAGGCUAUAGUCAACACCAAGCACUCCCACAUUCUCAGGGUUCCUUUCAGGACAGACAAAGGCAUUCUGCGCCAUUGGGUGUCCCGUUUUGAUAUCUACCCUUAUCUCGAGACUUUUGUCCAGGAUGCAACUGCAAAGAUCUUACAACACAUGGACUGCAAACCGGACCUCGUAAUUGGGAACUACAGUGAUGGAAACUUGGUGGCCUCUCUGAUGGCUACCAAGCUUGGAAUAACACAGGGAACAAUUGCUCACGCUCUAGAAAAGACCAAGUAUGAAGACUCGGAUGCCAAAUGGAAGGAUUUUGAUACAAAGUACCACUUUUCUUGUCAGUUCACUGCUGACUUGAUCUCUAUGAACUCAACUGAUUUUAUCAUAACUAGCACAUUUCAAGAAAUAUCAGGAGGUAAGGAUCGACCUGGACAGUAUGAAAGCCACACUGCAUUCACAAUGCCAGGACUCUGUCGAGUAGUCUCCGGCAUUGAUGUGUUUGACCCGAAGUUCAACAUUGCUGCCCCCGGUGCUGACCAAUCUGUCUACUUCCCCCAUUCCGACAAACGGCAGCGCUUUACCAAAUUUCAUCCUUCCAUUGAACAAAUGGUCUACAAUAAGGAGGAAAACGACGAGCACAUAGGAUUUUUGGCAGAUAAAAAGAAACCAAUCAUAUUUUCAAUGGCAAGACUGGACAAAGUGAAGAACCUUUCAGGACUAGUUGAGUGGUUCGGAAGGAACAAGAGGCUGAGGAAUUUGGUCAAUCUUGUUAUAGUAGGGGGCUUCUUUGACCCAUCCAAGUCCAAAGACAGAGAGGAAAUUGCUGAAAUCAUCAAAUUGCAUGCCUUGGUUAAAGAAUAUCAACUUAAUGGCCAAUUCAGAUGGAUAGCAGCUCAAACUGAUAGAUACCGCAACGGAGAGUUAUACCGCUGCAUUGCAGAUACAAAGGGAGCUUUUGUGCAGCCUGCAUUGUAUGAAGCCUUUGGUCUUACAGUGAUUGAGGCAAUGAACUGUGGAUUGCCCACAUUUGCAACAAACCAAGGAGGCCCGGCUGAAAUUAUAGUUGAUGGAGUCUCGGGAUUCCAUAUUGAUCCAAACAAUGGUGAGGAAUCCAGCAACAAGAUUGCUGAUUUCUUUGAGAGAUGCAAGGCAGAUGGUGAAUAUUGGAAGAAGAUGUCUGCGGCGGGUCUGCAGCGUAUUUAUGAAUGCUAUACAUGGAAAAUAUAUGCAAACAAAGUGCUGAACAUGGCAUCCACUUACGGGUUUUGGAGGCAGUUGAGGAAGGAGCAGAAGCUAGCAAAGCAAAGCUACAUUCAUAUGUUUUACAGUCUCCUAUUUAGGACUUUGGCAAGGUCUGUACCUGUCCCAAGUGAUGGAUUUGAACCAGUACCAAUGCCAAAGGCAAUAGCUGCAGCUGACCAUGGCCAGCCGAAGUCAGGAACAACUGUAUCCAAACCCCCACAAGCCGCAGCUGCGCCACCACUGCCUCCAGUUGCUCUGAUCACACCAACACCGAGGGAUGGCGGAGGUUUGGAGCAGAUAACUAAGCAACCUAUUAGCCCUCCUGAUGUUCCAAGUCCAAACCGCCCAACACGGUGCAUUUGGAAUUGCUUCUUCGUGAUCUUUGCUUUUCUGUGCCUUGUUUAUUACAAGAUCAAGAACAUGUACUAUAGUCUAUAA